UUCCUGCACUAGCUAGAGGCUGAAUCAUCUAGAAGCGUGUGUUACCCAGUUAUUAUUUUUCUUUCAUAAUCAUCUUCUUUCCCCCACCCCCCCAAAAAAACAACUCACAUAGCGAUUGAAACAUGUCCAGGAGAAGGCACAGCGACGAGAACGACGGAGGUCAGGCCCACAAAAGAAGGAGAACAUCGGAGCCGAUUGAAAUCGAAGACCGCUUAGAGUCACUGAUAUGUCGUGUUGGGGAGAAGAGUACAUCAUCUCUCGAGAGCAACUUGGAAGGCCUUGCAGGUGUGUUGGAGGCCGACCUUCCAAACUACAAAAACAAAAUCCUGCGCAUUUUAUGUUCUGUUGCCCGCCUCCUACCUGAGAAGCUGACCGUGUAUACCACUUUAGUCGGCCUGUUGAAUGCCAGGAACUACAACUUUGGGGGCGAGUUUGUGGAGGCCAUGAUCAGACAACUGAAGGAAACGUUAAAGAAUAACUUGUACCAUGAGGCUGUUUACUUGGUGCGUUUUCUGUCGGACCUGGUCAACUGCCACGUGAUUGCUGCUCCUUCAAUGGUGGCCAUGUUUGAAAACUUUGUCAGUGUUACACAAGAGGAGGAUGUACCUCAGGUCCGGUCAGACUGGUUUGUAUAUGUGGUUCUGUCCUGUCUGCCCUGGGUGGGCAAAGAACUUUAUGAGAAGAAAGAUGUGGAGAUGGACCGACUUCUCAGCCAGAUCGAAGGCUACCUCAAAAGCCGAGUAAAGACACACGUCCCCAUGCUGCAGGUGUGGACAGCAGAGAAGCCCCACCCACAAGAGGAGUACCUGGACUGCCUUUGGGCUCAGAUUCAGAAGUUAAAGAAGGACCGCUGGCAGGAGCGCCACGUCCUGCGUCCAUACAUCGCCUUUGACAGCGUGCUUUGUGAGGCUCUGCAACACAACCUGCCCCCCUUCACCCCACCGGGCCACAUGCCUGACGCCCAGUACCCAAUGCCCCGGGUCGUCUUCCGCAUGUUCGACUACACCGAUGCCCCAGAGGGUCCUGUUAUGCCUGGCAGCCAUUCUGUGGAGAGAUAUGUCAUAGAGGAAAACCUGCAAUGUAUCAUCCAGACUCACUGGAGAGAGAGGAAAACAUGUGCUGCACAGUUACUGAGCUAUCCAGGGAAGAACAAGAUUCCACUCAACUAUCACAUUGUGGAGGUGAUCUUUGGAGAACUUUUCCAGCUGCCCUGUCCGCCUCACAUCGACGUCAUGUACACCACACUGCUCAUUGAACUCUGCAAACUGCAGCCAGGAUCCCUGCCACAAGUUUUGGCUCAAGCUACAGAGAUGCUGUACAUGAGACUGGACACCAUGAACACCUCCUGCAUCGACAGACUUAUCAACUGGUUUUCUCACCAUCUGAGCAACUUCCAGUUUAGAUGGAGCUGGGAUGACUGGUCUGACUGUCUGGCCGUUGAUCUGCAGAAGCCCAAACCCAAGUUUGUCAAAGAGGUUCUGGAGAAAUGCAUGAGACUUUCCUAUCACCAGAGGAUAGUGGACAUCGUACCUCCAACCUUCUCCGCACUGAUCCCAGCUGAUCCCAUCUUCGUCUACAAAUACAUGGAUGAGAGCUCUGCUUCGUUACCCGGCUACCCGGUAUCCAUCACCGUUUCAAACGCCAUCAAGAACCGAGCGUCCAACGAGGAGAUCCUGACUAUCCUGAAGGAGGUGCCCAACCCCAACCAAGAAGACGACGAUGACGAGGGUGAGACUUUCAACCCGCUGAAGAUCGACGUGUUCCUGCAGACUCUGCUUCAUCUGGCAGCUAAGUCCUUCAGCCACUCCUUCAGUGCCCUCGGCAAGUUCCAUGAAAUCCUGAAGGUCCUGACAGACAGCGAUGAGGGAAAACUCCACAUCCUCAGAGUUGUUUAUGAAGCCUGGAAGAAUCACCCGCAGAUGAUCGCUGUGCUGGUGGACAAAAUGAUCCGGACACAGAUCGUGGACUGUGCUGCUGUCGCUAACUGGCUCUUCUCUCAGGACAUGGCUCACGAGUUCACCAGACUUUUUGUCUGGGAGAUUCUCCACUCGACCAUCCGCAAGAUGAACAAACACGUGCAGAAGAUCCAGGUGGAGCUGGAGGAGGCCAAAGACAAACUGGAGAAACAGCAACAUAAAAAGCAGAGGGACAGCGGUGAUGACGAGGACAUGGAAAAGAACAGCGAGGACGAGGAGGGGCAGCUGGAGGAGCAGAUCGAGAGGCUACAGGAGAAGGUGGAGUCGGCUCAGAGCGAGCAGAAGAACCUCUUCCUCGUCAUCUUUCAGCGCUUCAUCAUGUUGCUGACGGAGCAUCUGGUUCGCUGUGAGACGGGCAGCGUCGACGUCAGCACGCCCUGGUACAAGAACUGCAUCGAGCGGCUGCAGCAGGUCUUCCUCAUGCACCAUGUGACCAUCCAGCAGUACAUGGGAACCCUGGAGAACCUGCUGUUCACCGCAGAGCUCGACCCCCACAUCCUCGCCGUCUAUCAGCAGUUCUGUGCCCUGCAGCUCUGAGACACACACACACAUACACACACACACACACACACAAUUGGAUACAAUGGAAUGUGUACCUGUGCUCACACAGUACCUGUGCUAAACAAACACAUUAGAAAGUUAGCAGCUCUUGCAUCAAGAAUCUCAUUUCAGUUUUUUUUUAUUUUUGACCUCUCUCUCGUCUUAUCGGUGCCAUCCAAAGUGUUUCUGUGCAACUACAACGGAGGACAUUUUUCGAAGUAGGAAUUUCAACAAGAGUCCGUUUUGAAAUAUACUCUGUAGUUAUGUUUUGAUUUUCUUUCAACCUGCUCGUGUUCUUAUGAAUGGGUCUUUUUAAAAACAGUGCUGACGAUGACAGAAGAGGAAGUUUCAGGUUGUUACGGAUUAACUCUGAAUCAAGAGAGCGCUCUACUUUUUUAUAUUUGUUUUAUGUGGAAUUGGGAAAGAAUUAAAACUCUACGGAGUCUU